AUGGCAGAUAGCCGUGAAUUUUCGCUAGCGUAUUUUAUGUCCAUCACUCGUUCCCAACGGGAUGAUGCAAUUGCAUUUCUGGAAAAGUGUCACUGGCGGCUCGAUCGAUCUUUGAAUUUAUUUUUUGAAUGCAAUCAUAAACAAGACAGAUCAUCAGUUCAAAAACCAUCAACAAGAAAAAUUAUUAUACCGGCAAUGAUUGAAUUUCAAAAAUUCAUUCAAUCGUUCGAUACACAUGCGAUAAAUCUUCUGGAAAAUUCGUCUAAAAUGAUGAAUUUAGCCAUGAAAUAUGUUCGAUGUCAACCUUCGAAUAUCCAAUGUGAUGACAUUGAACAUUGGAAAAUACAUUUAAAGGUGGAUUAUACUCGUCUGCAGACCCUACUUGAUAAUGACAUGUGCGCACCGUUAGUUUGGAUCGAGCAUUUCGAACAUCUAUUAAAUGGAAAUACAUGUCAACUAUUUGAUUGUGAUUAUAUGUUUCAAUUAGCCAAUUAA